AUGAAAACUUUGAUAGCUUUAACCCCUUCCUUGACAACCUCCACUAGUGGGAUUACAAGAGGAUUUUGGUCCAGGCUCUCUAAUUGUCUAACGAAACUGAGUGUCUCCAUAUUGCUGGAUUAUUUGCAGUUGAUUGCAGAAGUCAUUGGUACGUAUUUUGUGAUAUUUGCUGGUUGUGGAUCAGUUGUUGUGAAUAAGAUCAAUGGGUCAGUCACAUUUCCAGGCAUAUGUGUAACGUGGGGUUUGAUUGUCAUGGUCAUGAUUUAUUCUGUUGGGCAUAUCUCUGGGGCUCACUUUAAUCCGGCAGCCACUAUCACUUUCGCCAUCUUUCGCCGAUUCCCUUACAAGCAGGUUCCUCUAUACAUUGUAGCUCAACUGAUGGGAUCAAUUCUUGCUAGUGGCACUUUGGCUCUAGUGUUUGAUGUAACCCCUAAUGCUUACUUUGGAACUGUACCGGUUGGAUCGAACUGUCAAUCCUUAGUUCUGGAAAUUGUGAUAUCCUUCCUCUUGUUGUUUGUCAUCUCUGGUGUUGGCACAGACGACAGAGCAACAGGUGAACUAGGAGGGAUUGUCACUGGAAUGACUAUACUAUUGAAUGUUUUAGUUGCGGGGCCAAUUUCAGGAGCUUCAAUGAAUCCAGCAAGGAGCAUUGGGCCUGCUGUUGUAAAACAUGUCUAUAGAGGAUUAUGGGUCUAUGUAGUUGGGCCAAUUAUUGGAGCAAUUGCUGGAGCAUUUGCUUAUAAUCUAAUAAGAUUCACAGAAAUGCCUCUUAAGGACUUAGUUCGGAGUGGGUCAUUCCUCAGAGGUACUUCAGCUAAAUAAGUGCAGAGAAAAUCAGCGGAGACCAUUUGAUGUGAGUGACUAUGAAUGGUGAAGAAAAAAAAACGAUGGAUUCAUGUCAAAGUGAUAGACAAUUGCUCACAAUUUGCCUCAUCCAAGUUAUGACAAAAUUAUGGUCCAAGCUAAAAUAACUUAGAAUUACAUUGCUACUCACGGUUUUGUUAGAUGUAAAUUAAAGGGCUGAUUAUUAAAAUAGAGUUUGGAUUUGUGAACUAAACCAAGGCCCGGCCAUUCAGUUUGAGUUCAGCCAUAGUAAUUUUCUUCCACUUCGUUUUCUCAAGGACUUUGAUUUUUUGUGUUUUUAAUGUUGAUAGACUUAUUUUUCUUUAUAUGAAUGGCCUUCUGCUCAUGGUCUUUUUUAAAAAAAUUAGAGUGUUCAACUUACCUCCAGU